AUGGCAGCAGAGACCCUCAAUUUUGGGCCUGAGUGGCUGAGGGCCCUUUCCAGCGGUGGCAGUGUGGCCUCUCCACCCCCGUCCCCUGCCAUGCCCAAAUACAAGCUGGCUGACUAUCGCUACGGGCGAGAAGAGAUGCUGGCUCUCUACGUCAAGGAGAACAAGGUACCCGAUGAGCUGCAGGACAAGGAGUUUGCUGCGGUGCUGCAGGAGGAGCCACUGCAGCCCCUGGCGCUGGAGCCUUUGACUGAGGAGGAGCAGAGAAACUUCUCCCUGUCAGUGAACAGUGUGGCUGUGCUGAGGCUGAUGGGGAAGGGGGCCGGCCCCCCCCUAGGUGGCGCCUCCCGCGGCAGGGGCAGCACUCGGAGCCGAGGCCGAGGCCGUGGUGACAGUUGCUUUUACCAAAGAAGCAUCGAAGAAGGCGAAGGGGCCUUUGGUCGAAACCCCCGGGAGAUCCAGCGUAGCCAGAGUUGGGAUGACAGAGGCGAGAGAAGGUUUGAGAAGUCGGCCAGGAGGGAUGGAGCGCGAUCCGGGUUUGAGGAGGGAGGGGCUGGCCCGAGGAAGGAACAUGCCCGCUCAGAUAGCGAGAAUUGGCGUUCUCUCCGAGAGGAGCAAGAGGAAGAGGAGGAAGGCAGUUGGAGACUUGGGGCAGGACCCCGGCGAGAUGGCGACCGCUGGCGCUCAGCCAGCCCUGGCCCCUUUACAACACAGGAGAUGGCGGAGUGGUUCCAGGCGGGCUAUUUUUCCAUGGCACUGCUUGUGAAGCGGGGCUGUGAUGAGGGCUUCCAGCCACUGGGUGAGGUGAUCAAGAUGUGGGGUCGCGUGCCCUUUGCCCCGGGACCCUCACCACCCCCACUGCUGGGCAACAUGGACCAGGAGCGGCUGAAGAAGCAGCAGGAGCUGGCGGCCGCGGCCUUGUACCAGCAGCUGCAGCACCAGCAGUUUCUGCAGCUGGUUGGCAGCCGGCAGCUCCCGCAGUGCGCGCUCCGGGAAAAGGCCGCUCUGGGGGACCUGACGCCGCCCCAGCAGCAGCUCACUGCGUUCCUCCAGCAGCUCCAAGCUCUCAAACCGCCCAGAGGCGGGGACCAGAACCUGCUCCCGACCAUGAACCGGUCCUUGUCGGUGCCGGAUUCGGGCCCCCUCUGGGACAUACAUACCUCAGCCUCAUCACAGUCAGGCGGUGAGGCCAGUCUUUGGGACAUACCAAUUAACUCUUCGACUCAGGGUCCAAUUCUAGAACAACUCCAGCUGCAACACAAAUUCCAAGAGCGCAGAGAAGUGGAGCUCAGGGCGAAGCGGGAGGAGGAGGAGCGCAAGCGGCGGGAGGAGAAGCGCCGGCAGCAGCAGCAGCAGGAGGAGCAGAAGCGGCGGCAGGAAGAAGAGGAGCUGUUUCGGCGCAAGCAGGUGCGGCAGCAGGAGCUCCUGCUGAAGCUGCUGCAGCAGCAGCAGGCAGCGGCCGCCGUCCCGGCGUCCCCCGCACCCAGCUCCCCGCCACCGUUGUGGGCCGGCCUGGCCAAGCAGGGGCUGUCCAUGAAGACGCUGCUGGAGCUGCAGCUGGAGGGCGAGCGGCAGCUGCAUAAGCAGCCCCCACCUCGGGAGCCGUCGCGGGCCCAGGCCCCCAACCACCGUGUGCAGCUCGGGGGCCUGGGCGCUGCUCCUCUGAACCAGUGGGUGUCUGAGGCUGGGCCACUGUGGGGCGGGCCCGACAAGAGUGGGGGCAGCAGCGGUGGCCUGGGGCUCUGGGAGGACACCCUCAAGAGCAGCGGGAGCCUGGCCCGCAGCCUGGGCCUGAAGAACAGCCGGAGCAGCCCCUCUCUCAGUGACUCGUACAGCCACCUGUCAGGCCGGCCUGUGCGCAAAAAGACAGAGGAGGAAGAGAAGCUGCUGAAGCUGCUCCAGGGCAUCCCCAGGCCCCAGGACGGCUUCACCCAGUGGUGUGAGCAGAUGCUGCACACAUUGAGCACCACAGGCAGCCUGGACGUGCCCAUGGCUGUAGCGAUCCUCAAGGAGGUAGAAUCCCCCUACGAUGUCCACGAUUAUAUCCGGUCCUGCUUGGGGGACACGCUGGAAGCCAAAGAAUUUGCCAAACAGUUCCUGGAGCGGAGGGCCAAACAGAAAGCCAGCCAGCAGCGGCAGCAGGAGGCUUGGCUGAGCGGCGGCUCCCUGCAGACAGCCUUUCAGACCAACCACAGCACCAAACUCGGCCCUGGGGAGGGCAGCAAGGCCAAGAGGCGGGCUCUGAUGCUGCACUCGGAUCCCAGCAUCUUGGGGUACUCCCUGCACGGACCUUCUGGUGAGAUCGAGAGCGUGGAUGACUACUGA